AUGUCACGAUCCUCCUCCGCAUACACCGUUCGCAAGAUCGGCGCACCGCACACCCUCGAGCACCGCAUCUACAUUGAAAAGGAUGGCGUGCCGGUCUCGCCCUUCCACGACAUCCCACUGUACGCCAAUGAGCAGCAGACCGUGCUCAACAUGAUUGUGGAGAUCCCUCGCUGGACCAAUGCCAAGCAGGAGAUCUCCAAGGACGAGGAGCUCAACCCCAUCAAGCAGGACACCAAGAAGGGAAAGCUGAGGUUUGUUCGCAACUGUUUCCCACACAAGGGCUACCUCUGGAACUACGGUGCCUUCCCUCAGACCUGGGAGGACCCCAACGUCACGCACCCAGAGACCAAGCAAAAGGGUGACAACGACCCACUGGAUGUCUGCGAGAUCGGCGAGCUUGUUGCCAAGCCAGGUGAGGUCAAGCAGGUCAAGGUCCUUGGUGUCAUGGCUUUGCUCGACGAGGGCGAGACCGACUGGAAAAUCAUCGUCAUCGACGUGAACGACCCACUCGCUCCCAAGUUGAACGACAUUGAGGAUGUCGAGCGCCACCUUCCCGGUCUGCUCCGCGCGACCAACGAGUGGUUCCGCAUCUACAAGAUCCCAGAUGGCAAGCCAGAGAACCAGUUUGCUUUCUCAGGCGAGUGCAAGAACAGAAAGUACGCUACUGAGGUCAUUCGCGAGUGUGCUGAGGCCUGGGACAAGCUCAUCACCGGCAAGACUCAGCCCGGUGAAAUCAACCUUACCAACGUCUCUGUUCAGCAGAGCGCCAACCGCCUCGACGCCAAGUCGCUGAACAUUCCUGCUCACGAGGAGAAGGCUCCAGCGCCAAUUGACCCUAGCAUUGACAAGUGGUUCUACAUUAGCGGAGCAUCUGCUUAA